CAAGAGCUUCACAAUUGCAGCCUUGCCCCUCCCACUUGUACUAAGAGAAAGGGACGUGAAACCCAACAUUUUUUAUGGCGAACUAGAGUUUUUAUGUGAAAGUGUUUCUUUUGCUUCUGCACAUUCACCAGUAUGUAACUCAAGGUUAUCCACGUGGUGCUCAGGAACCGCAGCCCAGGGGACGAAACACAACUGACAAGCUGUGCCAUGAUGUUGGAAGCGGAGGUGAAAGAGGCUCCAGCGUUGGAGGCCACAGCUGUACACAUGUCCAGUAACGCUCAACCGGUGCAAGGGGCCGUGGCUUCACCUGUGACCUCUGUGCAAGCCCCCGCUAUCACAGCAACAGAGGACGAGGAUGAGAGUGAAGAUGAGUCUGAGAUUCUGGAGGAGAGUCCAUGUGGACGCUGGCAGAAACGCAGAGAGGAGGUUAAUCAGUGUAGUGUGCCUGGCAUUGAUGCCGCGUACUUGGCUAUGGACACAGAGGAAGGGGUGGAAGUAGUCUGGAAUGAAGUCAUGAUUUCGAAGAGGAAGAAUGUCAAACUGUUGGAGGAAAAAAUAAACGCAGUAUUUGAUAAAUUGAUCCAUUUGGAACAUCCAAAUAUUGUCAAAUUUCACAAGUACUGGGCUGACACAAAGGAGAACCGGGCCAGGGUGAUUUUCAUCACUGAAUAUAUGUCCUCAGGAAGUUUGAAGCAGUUUCUGAAAAAGACAAAGAAGAAUCACAAGACCAUGAAUGAAAAAGCUUGGAAGAGAUGGUGUACACAGAUCCUGUCUGCUCUCAGUUAUCUCCACUCGUGUGGACCACCCAUCAUCCAUGGCAACCUGACCUGUGACACCAUCUUCAUUCAGCAUAACGGGCUCAUCAAGAUCGGAUCAGUUGCUCCAGACACCAUCAGCAAUCAUGUGAAGACUUGUCAUGAGCAACAGAAAAACUUACAUUUCUUCGCCCCAGAAUAUGGAGCUGUUGAUGAUGUCACAACAGCUGUGGACAUCUACUCUUUUGGCAUGUGUGCCUUAGAGAUGGCGCUGUUGGAGAUCCCGGGCAAUGGAGAGUCCUCCUACGUUUCUCAGGAGGCCAUUAACAACGCUAUACAGUCACUGGAGGACCCACUACAAAGGGAGUUAAUCCAGAAGUGCCUCGAUAGUGAUCCCAGUACAAGACCAACGGCCCGGGAGCUGCUAUUUAACCAGGCUCUGUUCGAAGUACCACAGUUAAAGCUGCUGGCUGCACAUUGUAUCGUCAGCCACCAACACUUGUUUCCUGAGAAUGCUCUGGAGGAGAUUACGAAGAAUCUGGACCCUAAUCUGGUCAUUGCUGCGACAAAAGAAGCACAGCUCAAGCUUUCACAGUUUCCUGCUUUGGAGCUUGAUAAAUUUCUGGAAGAUGUCAGGAAUGGCAUUUACCCAAUGACUGCCUUUGGGAUCCCCUGUCCUCGGCAGCGUCAACAAGAGACCAUUCAAUGUCCUGUUGUCAUACCCUUGGUCAAAUCUCCCACCCCUGAACCUGCAGAGCUUGAGACACGUAGGGUCAUUCAUAUGCAGUGCAACGUUGAAUCUGUUGAGGAGGCAACAAGGUAUCAUUUGACGUUGCUGUUAAAGUUGGAGGAUAAACUGAAUAGACAUCUAAGCUGUGACAUGUUACUUGAUGAAAAUGUUCAAGAGUUGGCUGGAGAGCUGGUGCAGCUGGGCUUGAUCAGUGAGGUGGACCAAAACAAAAUUGCCUGUCUGCUUGAAGAAACCAUCAGCCAGGGUCUUAACUAGACACCAUUCCUCUGGCCGCGGAGCCGCAUCCUCAGCCUGGUUACACAUUAUAGUUAAUUACAUGUAUAAGUGAAGCAUCAGCGCACAACAGCCUGAACGUUUGGGCAGGUAUCCUCCAGGAACCACCUGGGUCUCUUUCCAUGCUGAUCGGAGUACGUCGGCUUCGUUCGAGUUGUCUGUUACAUUUAGUUAAAAGGUGAACCUCAUAUUUGCUGAAUCGGGCACUUGACUGGACUAUUUGUAGCUUUACACAGCACACAAGUAUAUUUUUAGGUGAGAUGUUUACAUUAUGGAAGGCGUUACACACCAUCUUAACUCUCCUCUCAUAAGUUUCAGUGGUGGCCUCUUUGCUGGGUUGACCACCAGCAAACUACAGCUUCUCUGGAGAAGGAGGAGUCCUUUAGUUGCCAAAAGAAAGUUAACUGAAUAAGCCAAGUGUUUCUUUCUACAUCCUGAUUUCCCAUUGUUCUUUGUUUUGCCCAGCUGUUUGACUGAUGUGAUGUGUUCAACCAAUGGCAAACGUACUGCUCAGCUGGUUUUAUAGUAAACACCCGUGAUUAGUAUUUCUCUAAACCUGCAUAUUACACUUUGGGUGGGUAGAUGGAUAUUUGUUUACCUUGAUAAAACUGUGAACUUAGUGUUACUGAAUUUGCAUUUGUGUUUGUUUUUAUAGCUUUGCUUUUUUGUGGACCACCACACACACCUUUAAAGAUCCCUUAUUUUACUAUUUCAUUAUUUUUUCUAUGAUGUGCUGAUGGCUGUGUUCACUCCUAGACUAGCUGCCAUAUUCUCCAGAGAGGAAUUAAGCUUUUUCUCAGACAUCUGUGAAGGUUUACUGUUGUUCUUUAUGCUGCGAAUAUGAAAUGACCUUUGUUGUUCUUUACUUAUUCACAUUCUGUUCCCCGCAUUUGUCUGCAGACAGCAUCUGAGCAAAUACUGGAUCUUUCCUGUCUCUGUUGCCUUUUGUUUGUUGUCUUUCUGGGCUUUGGUGCGUUGACAUUAUCCCUUUUAGUCAUACACUUGAAUAGAACCUUAAUUGACUCAGUACAGGUUUUGUUAGACUUGCAUUGAUAUCAGGGAGUUGCCAAAGACACUUUGGCUUAGCAGUCUGUGAGACAUGGUUGGUACCACUGUGCCUAAAAGCUGACACAUUUCAAUAUCUGAAACCUAACAAACACGUUGUUUACCUCAGAUCAUUGAUUUAAUAUAUCCCAAAUUGUCUUGUAACAGGCAGGUUGACUGACCAGUGUGAGAUUUUAGACCUUGUUACUCUGUUGCUGGCUGGAGUUACACAUCACAGACCACAUCAGUUUAUUUAUCCAGUGAUCCCCUGUCCUGCAUUCCUGAAGUAUAUCUGUGUAAUCAGGUGGAGCUUUUUUCUUCCUUUAAUUUUAAUGUCUGUGACAGUUGAUGCAUUGUUUACCUUUUCUCUGUUUGUGUUUGUUUGUAAGUUGCUAAGAUUUACUAUCCAAAGAUGUGUUUGCAUGUCCACCAGCAGAAUGUAAAUCCACUGUGCCUCGCACAGAGACUCCAGCAAACCAAUGUGAUCACCGGAGCAGGUUUAUACUGACUUUGCCUUUCUGUCAUUUCUCUUUUUACUAUCAUUACCAUUCAAAUUUACAAUGAUCCUCAAACUAACUAUCAAAUAAAAUGAGAUGCACAGUUUUGAGCUGUAAGCCCAGGACGUGAGCUUUAGGCUUGCUAUAUUUCAUAUGGCCUUUUAUAUAUGACAUAAUAAUAAUAAUGUCUGGCAGUUUGUCUUUUGUGAGACGUGUAUCAGUGUGACUGUUUCAAAUAAAAGAGUGAAGUGCA